UCUAUCAUGAGCUCAUUUCAUUCCAUCAGUUAAUUAUGACCUCAUUUUGUUCCAUUUGCCAAUCAUGAGCUCAUUUCCUUCCAUCUUCAAGUCCGGUUUGGGCACAUUUUGGACUGAAAACAACAUCCAAAUGAUGCUGCCUCAACGCUACACGCAUUACAUCAUUUGUCUCAGUAAGAAGGCACAGGACACCAACCCGAGAACUGUGCCCGACGAGGAUGGAGCGGGCUGAGGACGCCAUCGCCGUGGUGGGCAUCGGCUGCAACUUCCCAGGCGGAGAGGGUCUGGAAAAUUUCUGGAAAGUUCUGGUGAGUGGGCGGAAUUGUUUGGUGCAGAUUCCCAAAGAGCGAUUCGAUCUAUCCACCUGGUAUGACCCCGACAACAAGGCGGGCAAGUCCCACACAGCCAACGCUGCCCUCAUCGACGGGUUCAACCAUUUUGACCACAAGUUCUUUGGCAUCAGCGACAGUGAGGUAGAACAAAUGGACCCUCAGCAGAAACAGCUGCUUCAGUGUGUCUACAGAGCUCUGGAGAAUGCCGGCAUUCCCAUGGAAAAAGCCAGCGGGACCAGAACUGGAGUGUAUUUUGGCCUUAUGAACAGGGACUACGAAACCACGGCGGCUCAUGCCCAUCCCAGCGUCAUCAACCAUUGGACCGGAGCAGGGUUGGCCAUGAGCAUCGCCGCCAACAGAGUCUCAUACAUCUUCGAUUUCACCGGGCCAUCCUUGGCCAUCGACUGCGCCUGCUCGUCCUCCCUGGUGGCGCUCCAUCUGGCAUGCCAGGCCAUCAAACAAGGGGACUGCGACAUGGCAGUGUGCGGCGGCGUCAACUGCAUCUUUGAGCCUAGAGUGUUUGUGGCCCUUAGCAAAGCCAAUAUGAUUUCCCCGGACGGAGCCAGCAAGCCUUUCUCAAACAAAGGCAACGGUUAUGGCAGAGGGGAAGGAUGUGGUGUGGUUCUCCUCAAACCAUUGACCAAGGCCUUACAAGACCAGGAUAACAUCUGGGGCAUCAUCAGCAAGACCGCCGUCAACCAAGACGGACACUCCGUAUCACCGAUCACUAAGCCCUCCAGGAUUCAGCAGGAGGAGCUUCUGCGGAUGAUCUACUCCGAGCGCGAUCUCAACAAUGUCCAGUACAUUGAGGCUCACGGCACCGGAACACCGGUCGGAGACCCGACGGAGGCAACGAGCCUCUCAAAUGUCAUCGCCAAAGUUCGAGCUUCCAGUGCAGAGACUCUGCGGAUUGGGUCAGUCAAGAGCAAUAUUGGACACACGGAAUCCGCCGCUGGAGUGGCCGGACUUAUCAAGGUGCUCCUUAUGAUGAAGCAUGAGUCCAUUGUUCCAUCAGUUUUCUUCUCUGAGGAGACAGCCUGUGUAGACUUCAAGGCCCUGAACAUGAAAGUUCCUCAAGAGUUGGAAAGGUGGGAAGCGAGCGGUGGACGGGUUGCGGGAAUCAACAAUUUUGGCUUUGGGGGUACAAACGCUCACGCUAUUGUCACCCAGCACAAGCAGUCGCAUAGAAUGAACAAGAAUGAUGGUAGAAAGAUGAAAUAUUUUGUGAUGUCGGCAAAUUCACCAAAGUCUCUCACCCUCAUGCAAGUAGACACCAUUUCACGUCUGGAGGACAACAUUGACCUAAAUCAUCUUUUGUACACGGCGGCAUGCAGGAGGAGCCACCUCAAACACAAAUACAGAUGGGCCUCGGUGGUUUCAUCCAUAACUGACCUCAAAGAGAAGCUCCAGGCUGCCGUGAACAAAAAUCCAUCAAGCCUCUCACUCCAAGACCCAAAGUUAGUGUUUGUCUUCUGCGGUAACGGCCUCACUUACCACGGCAUGGGCAAGCAGCUUCUUCGACACGAGCCAGUCUUCAGAGACAAAAUUGAGCAGAUUUCCCGAGUCUACCAGCAGUUGAGCAGGCUCAACAUCCUGGACACGCUUGAAAGUGAGAGCGAACGUGGUGACUACAAUGCUCCAGAUGUGGCCCAGCCUCUCCUCUUUGCUUUGCAAGUGGGCGUCGCCACCUUGCUCGGGCACUGGGGUGUCAAAGCUAAUGCUAUGCUGGGACACUCAGUCGGUGAGGUGGCAGCGGCUCACUGCUCUGGCCUCCUAUCCCUUGAGGAUGCCCUCACAGUCAUCCACUUCCGCAGCGUUCUCCAAGGUGAAGUGGCUGGGGGGAAGAUGCUGGUGGUCAGCAACAUGGCCGUCUCAGAGGUCACAGCUCUUCUCCCUGAAUACUCAGGGAGAGUUUGUCUUGCUGCUUAUAACAGCCCGCAGUCCUGCACCCUUUCAGGAGACGCAGAUGCAAUCCAGAGCCUUCAGGCAAAGCUGAGCAGCACAGCCAACAGUGAGAACCUCUUCAUCCGCAUCCUGGAGGUCCCCGCAGCUUACCACAGCCACAUGAUGGAUCCAAUUCUGCCAAAAAUCAGGGAGGAGAUUGGCUCCUUGGUGAAGAACAAGCUUGACGUGCAAUUAUUGUCAACUGUGACUGGUGAGGAGGCACAGAGGGGGGAUUUUUGCUCAGGUGAUUAUUGGGCAAGGAAUGUGCGUGAGCCUGUCGCUUUCGAGCAGGCAGUUAGAUCAGCCAGUCAGGGAAAGAAAAACACAGUCUUUGUGGAAAUAGGUCCACGGCGAGCCCUCCAGAGGAACAUCAUGGAAACUCUCGGCAAUGACACAGCUGUGGUAGCCUCACUGCAGCCAGACAAAGACCACGAGACACUCUUGUCUGUCGUUUCAAAGCUCUUUGAGCUCGGCGUAUACAUAGACUGGAACACCUUUUACGCAGGCUAUGAGGCACCGCCGCUGCCUUUCCCGAGAUACCAGUUUGAUUCUUCGGACAGGGAUGUCAUCAUCAAAGGGGCUCAGAAGAACACAACAAAUAAUCACCCUGUGCUCUGCGCCACAGGCAAUGAGACCAACACUUACACAUGCGCUUUGAUGUCUGACUCCACCUUCUUCCUGAAAGAGCACAGGCACAACAAAGUGCCCAUCAUCCCUGGGGCCUUCUACGCUGAGUUGGGUUUAGCCGCAUUUAUGGCCUGCGCCAAACCAAAAGUCCCUCUCAACUCACUGCAGCUCAGUGUCAAUUUUCACAACCCAUUUGUCUUAACCCCAAGCCCCCUAGAGAUGAAGGUGCAGCUGGAGCAUAAAGAGAACGAAGCUAGUUUCUCAGUGUUCUCCUCGUCAGCCACAUACGCAUCAGGCACGGUUGUCCAAAAGAAAGAACGACCAGUUGAAGAGCAGCGCAUUGACCUGAGCAGCAUCUACAAAAGAUGCACAUCUGUAGUGACCUAUCAGGAAUUUUAUAGUUACCUUGCCCAAGGAGGCUUCCAAUAUGGGGACGUCUUCACCAAUAAGGCCAAUGUACACUAUGGGGAAGAUCUGAAAGAGGCUUUUGCCAUGAUCACAGUUCCACAGGCCCUACGGUCUCAGUUGCACGACUACUAUGUUCAUCCAGUUGUGCUGGACUUCCUCAUGCAGCUCCUCCCAGUCACGGUAGAGCACAUCUUUGCUGGUAGACCGGGAUUUCCAGCCCAGAUUGGAGGUUUAACAGUGUUAGAACCUUUGCAAGAUGAGAUGAUCGUCUACUUGAGGGCAAUCAAUGUUGGUACAAACCAUUUUGAGGUCUGCGGAUGCUUUGCUGAUCAACAUGGAAGGACCUUGGUUGAGGUUAAGCAUGUGUUGAUCAAGUACCUUGGUAGUGACUCUCAUGUGGUUGAGGAAUACUUCUACCAUAAUGAGUUUAGUGUCAUCCCCGAGGGGAUCACAAAUGAUCCACCUCCCAAGGCCUUAGUCUUCUCUGACAAUAUGGGGAUCGCAAAAGCCCUACAACCCCACUUAGACUCGCGCUCUCACUAUAUUCCAUUUACACAUGCAAAAGAUAUCUUGAACCGUGGAUUUCCAUAUCUUUUAGCAAAUCUCAACAUAGACUUGAAGGACAACUUUGAUGAGGUCUUGUUUUUGUGGGGCAAAGAAAACCUAAACUCCUUCACGCCUGAUGAUGUCCUGGAGAAUCUAGCAGGUUGCUGUGAAAUAUUCCGCCAGGUAGUCCUGGAGCUCAAGGAAAUCUACUUCGCUAACCCCAUCCGGGCAGUAACCUACUGCUCAUCCGAGUUUACAGUUGAUCACAUCAAUCCUGGCUUUGCCAUUGUAGGCAUGACACGAUCCCUUGCUGCAGAAAUAGCUGAGAUGUCAUUCCAGUUAGUCGACAUCAGCUCCAACUCUGCGAAGGACAUUGCAGCUCUGUCUGAGAUCCUACGAGCUUACCCUUGCAGCAAGUACCCAGAAUUGGUGAUUAGAGAUGGGGCGAUUCUAAAACCUUCCAUCACACGUACCCCUCCUGAAAUGCCUGACAAUUCUGAACGCACCUUUACUUCCGACACAUCUGAACCUUGCAUCCUUCAGACUGCGGAUGCUUUUAAAAUGAGUCGCUUGAGUGCUGUACAUAUCCAUGCUGAUGUGGAGCAAAUGAGUGCUACGUCAGUUGAGAUUCAGCCCACUAAGGUUUGUGUGCAUUCAUCAGAGUACUUCCCUGUGAGUGCCUCACAUGUCAAGUUUGGCCAGACGCUGUACUGGAACAAACACUCCUCACAGAACCACAAGCUACUCAUGCUUGACUUCAGUGGAAUUGUUACCAAGGUUGGAAAGGAUGUCAGGAAAUUAAAAGUGGGAGAUUCUGUGGCUUCCUGUUACCCCGUGGUAGCAGCCAGUAGGAUAAGAGUUCCACAGGAUGUGUGUUACACAACCAAACAACUCCCCUUCCUUCAAACAACACCUUGCCUCUCCUUCUUUGUGCUGGCGAGGGAAAUCCUAUGUCGGGUCUUGCCAAAAGCCAAGCAUCAUCUCGCCAUCAUAUCUCCUAUUCCGGAUUCCGUUCUGGUAAAGGUUUUGACAAUCGCCUCUGAAAAGUCUGGUUACGACGUGAGCAUUGGAAAACAAGGCAUCUUCAAAGAAGCCAAUCAAAUUGAUGCAUUCAUUGUCCUGCCUCCAUACAGCAAAAGUUUGAUUGCAGAAGUCUGCAACUUUCCUGGUGUCAAGAAUGUCGUCAUUGUUCGAGGAUCCCAGACACAAGACUUGCCUGACCAGGAUGAGCUCCAGAAUGUAAAAGAAAGUGUACACGUGCAAAGAGUUGACCUUGCGGCUAUUUUGCAAAAAGGAUCCCUGGGUGCUCGAAGGCUACGUGUUUAUCACUGGCUUAAGUCCUUUAACUUAAACAAGAAGUUUUCCCUUGAAAGCGUCACCUUUCAGAGUGUCACAUCUGAGAAGAUCCAAAACCUUCCCUCAGAGAUGUCCGAGUCGUACUUCCAUGCAAAAAAGCUGGCUGUUGUGGCGCUGGAAAAAUGUCAGACCGGCGCGACUUCAAACAUUCCGCUUCUGUGCUCAAAAAAGAAGCUUUUCCGAAAAAGAUCAGUGUACAUUAUAGCAGGUGGUCUGACUGGGCUGGGCUUUGAAACAGUCAAGUUCAUUUCACAAAAGGGUGGCGAGGUUGUCAUCACUCUCUCCAGGAGCAAGCCCUCACCCGAAGUGCAGCGAGAGAUCCAAAACAUAGAGAAGCAGUGUGGGAACAACAUUGUCUCCAUGCAAUGUGACAUUGCCGUGUCUGAGCAAGUGCACCAGGUUAUCAGCGAAAUCCAGUUUAAGUUCAAAGAUUAUUCAAUCAGAGGUGUGUUUCACAGUGCAGUCGUCUUGCACGAUGCUCUCAUCGAGUCCCUUGACAUGUCCAUAUAUGAGGAAGUUCUCAAGCCAAAAGUCAAUGGUGUGCUCAACUUGCACAAGGCAACACUCAAGUGCCAGCUCGAUUACUUUGUUUGUUACUCCUCCAUAUCAUCCUUUUUGGGAAACGCCUCACAAACAAACUACGCGGCAGCAAACUCAUUUUUGGAUUUAUUCUGUCAGUACAGGCGCAAGCUCGGCCUGGUGGCGCAGUCCAUCAACUGGGGAGCUCUGAACCUGGGACUCCUCUUAAACAAAGAGCUGAUCCAUCGCUUCCUGGAGACCAAAGGGAUGAUGGUGCUGAUGGUGGCUGAGAUCCAUAAAAGCCUGGAACAAUGCUUGCUGAUCAACCGACCCCAACAGGCUAUUUGCCGUUUCCACUUUCGGAACAUCCGCUUCAACAUCCUCUCACAGAAUGUCGCCCUGACCAUGCGGCUGUCGGCGCUGGUGGAGCAAGCCCUCCAAAAGUCUAGAGAGUUGAAUUCUCAAAGCAAGAACACAGAGGAGGUGCCACCCAGAGAUUAUGUGCUCUCCCUGCUUUGCAAAACCAUUGGCGUGGACGUUAGCCAACUGACGGACGAUACGCUGCUUUCAUCUCUCGGCACAGACUCCUUGCAGGCCAUGACGCUGCAAAACCUCAUCUACCAGGACCGAGGUGUGAAGGUGCCACUGGUCAAACUUUUGGAUCCCAAUGCCACGCUAUCCACUUUGGUAGCCAUUUUGAAUGAAGCUCACGAGGGUGGAACUAAUGUCCCAAACGCUCUUUCAAGCGAUGAUGCUGGCACUGUUUCAGUCAGAUUUUAAGAUCCCUACAGAUUUGCGAACAGCUGCGAGUAUAAUUCGAUCUGUGACCACGCCCAUAUCUCACAACAUUGAAAUAUCUAAUCAACUUUUUCUAGUGAAAUAUAUGGAAAUCCCAUGAAUAUGCCAGAGACCAGCACUUACCUUCGGACCAGUGGUUUGAACAAAUACAUUUGGCAAAAUACCUAAACAAAAACGACAAUGCAAACUCAAAUAAGACACCUGAAGUUUCACUGCGAGGAGGGGUACGCAGCUGUCAUCUGGCGGAGUUUCUGAAGGUCACGCAGAAGUCCGUUUUUUCUUUUUUUUUUUUUGCUUUCAACACAAAACUAAGUCAUGGUACCGCCGUGAUCGUUUAUGAAAACCUACAUGUCAGUUUCUUGGCAUUAUUUUCACGAUUGUCUUCUGACUGGUGUUUUUUUGUAAACAUUUUAUGGAGAAGACAUUUGAAAAGAUGUUAUGAUUGUUUUGUGUUUAUGUUUAUCUCAUUGUCUCAAGGAUAUGUGAAGAUAAGACAGAUGUCCUUGCGUUUGUUUUUAAAGCUGUUCAUCAAUCCUGUGUUCCGAAGGUGAUCUUUCUUAUCGCUUUAUGAGGAUUAUUAAACUAAGUAUAUGUAACAGAGUGAAACAUACUUUAUUAAAUUAUGACGGGAGUGAGCAAGCGGCACACGGUGUGGCACAUGCAAUCUGUCUGAUUUUUGUGGUCUUUCAAUUGCCGUUUUGUCAAUUGAAACCUUUUCCAUGUUGAAAUAAUGAGUAAAGUUUGAUUUGCUGUCCAUCCAGGACUGAGUGUGACAUUUACCAUCAUUUCUGUCAUACUGUAUUGUAACAGUCACUUCUGCUGUAUUUUAUUUCUUAUGUUGUUAUUUUUCACCCAUUUAGCGCAGGUUCGCGGUAACGUGCGGUCGACAUUAAUGGUUAUUUAG